CGACAACUCAGCAAUUUCCCAAAUAUCUCGGAAACCAUGAAGAUUACGAUUGAAUAAGAUGGAGAAGAUGAAGACUCGGAAGCCGCAUACCAAAUCCCGCAAAGGCUGCGUCUCUUGCAAGUCUCGACAUGUGAAGUGUGAUGAGACGAAGCCGGCCUGUGUAAAUUGCGACAAGUACGGUUCGAAGUGCGAAUAUCCUGCGGCUCAGGCGCGGAUCGUGAAUGACAACACGUCUCCCUACGCCCGUGUGUCGACGCCUUCAUCUGCAGAUGGACUAAAUCUUAACCGCAGCUCCCCAACUCUAGGCGGACAAACUCAAGACUACGCCCUUAACAUACCCCAACUUCGCCUCCUUCACCACUUCUCUACAGUUACUGCGUCAACCUUAACUUCCAAUAUCGAAGCCCAAGAUGUAUGUCGCUCGCAUAUCGUUAAAAUCGCGUUUAACCACCCAUUCCUACUCCAUGUCAUUCUUGCUUUGGCCGCGCUCCAUCUUAGCUGGCUCAAUCAAGCUCUUUCCCAGGUAUAUCUAGUUCAGGCCGAAAAACAUCAUGAUGCAGCACUUGCGGAGUUCCGAUCUGACGUCCAGGACAUAGACGAGUCCAAUUUUCAGGCAGUGUUCUGCUUUGCAUUCAUCUUAUUUCCAUAUUCUUGUGCGGUCCUAAUUGAUCCCAAAAACGGUCCAGAAUACGUUCUAGACACCGUGCUUCAAAACCUCGCCUUAACACGGAGAGUUCCGCCAAUGGUCAGGCAGUUCUAUUCCAGUAUGCUUGACUCAGAGCUGGGACGGCUAGUCCCGAGCGAUACCCAAGGCAUCGAUUUUUAUCAAGUCCCCUCGGAUCGUGUCCUCGUCAGUUUGUGGAAGUUCUCCGAGCUCACCUCGAAACUAUAUCCUCCGGAUAUAAAUGAAGCGUACGAGCUCGCGAUUAGCACCUUAGAAGUGCUCUUCUCCGUCGUCAAGCGCCAAUCUGAACGCCCUUCGGUCUCCCUGGUGAAGUUGUGGACCCAUCAGGUUACGCCAAGAUUCAUGGAGUUGCUGUCGGCGAGACAACCGGGUGCUCUGAUCAUAUUUGCGCAUUACGCAGUCCUCCUGAAAACAUGUCAACAUUAUUGGUUUAUGGACGGCUAUGCGGGGCAGAUACUACAGGUUGCUGAUGCUCUCAUCCCUGAGGAGUGGAGGUCGUGGCUCGACUGGCCCAAGGAACAAAUUAGAGGAAGCGCCUGAAUAGGUCCCAAAUAAGACAUGCUUGCGAACUAAACUGGAUUCUAAACACUGCUGUCGGAAGGGAAUAUUCAAGAAACUGAUAGGAACGCGCCGUUGUUCCCUAUCGCGCGUGUCAUUUUGAAGCGUCCACGCAAUGGCAGCGAGUAGUUUUGUGACUCGCAAUGACUUUGAGGAAAACAACACCAAAGCCAGAAGCGCCGAAUUUCGAGGGGAGGGAACUCCCCUCCAGUGGGGCCGACCUACUCCGCCCACGUUCAUUGGUCAGCGUACUCGGUUAACUUC